UUAGAGUGACCACCUAGAAUUUUGGGUGGCUUCACGUGAAGGCUUCAAAACAAACCUCCAAGUUAGACGGGAAAAGAACAGCAAUGCUACGACGUGUUGUGUCGCCAUGCUUCCACGGAAGUGGCACCGGCAACCUAGCUUGGAGCAAGUUUCAAAUUUCAAAUUUAAACAUGAGUGUUGGCUGUUGGGGCUUCUCCUUUUUUUUUUUUGGUCAGUGCGUUUGCCUUACGGAGCCUUGUACAUCCCUUUCCUCCCCUGUUUGGGUUGCAACCGUUUGUAGCCUGAUCAAUGUCAGCCUAGCUUGUAAUGCGAGUCAGGCGAUUGAUCUUGUAAUAUUGCUUUAACGAAACCAAAUGUUCCCUGAGAUUACUGAGCCCCUCAUUGAUUCAUCAAAAUAAAAACGUUAAUCUUUACAUUCUCCAUUUUAUCCCUACAUAAUUUAAGUGUGGGUUUCAUAAAAAUUGUUGAACAACCUGAAAUUUGCUAAAUUACCGUUGGAUGUGUCCUUCGCAGAAUCGAAAGCAAUCUGGGACUGUGGCUCAUCUGAGAACCCAGACACAUGAUACGGCAUGGAAUUUCUCACCUGGUUUCGAAGGAUUCUAUGUGUCCGACGGUCAUCUCUGGCUCCCCCGUUGUAGACUUCUGACUUGGUCGUGGUGUGCUAACUGCAAGACUUUUUCGUCUGCAGUCUGCACUGGACACUGAACUAGUUGUGCGUCUCUUAACUUGGUCAGUGAUUUUGUGCGUCAGAGCAUGCUUGCUGGUCACAAGUCAGCCCUGGCUACCUGUGCAGCUGUGUGCUAUUGCCUACGAGGGUCAGGAGUCCAUUUCUUAGCUUUGCCUCUGAAUAAGACUAGCCAAAUUCCAUCCAGUUUCAGAAUUAAGUAACACCAGAGCAGGCCUUGAGACCUCUAUAUAAACGCGCCUCCAUUUCCUCAAGUUUCAUCACAACAAGCUCAACUCAUUUGCAUACAAUACAAGUGCAACACAGUACAUUCCCAGGUCAGCAACCUUUUCUAGCAAUUAGCAAAACUCCAAUGGCUUCCCAAAUUGAGAGCCACCGCUCCGGCGCAGAGGUUGUCACCGGAGACGCCAUCUGCAGAAAGAAGUCCAUCGAGCUGCUGGAAGAGCUCGGGCUCCCAAAGGGCCUCCUGCCAAUGGAGGACAUCCAGGAGUUUGGGUACAAUCGCUCCACAGGGUUCAUGUGGCUGGUGCAGGGGAAGAAGAAGGUGGAGCACACCUUCAAGAAGAUCAAACAGACUGUGUCCUACGCAGCUGAGGUGACGGCAUUUGCUGAGAAGGGGAGGCUGCGGAAGAUCACUGGCGUCAAGACCAAGGAGCUGAUGCUCUGGCUCAGCGUUGUUGAGGUCUAUGUUCCUGCGGCCUCGCCGGAGAAGGUCACCUUCAAGACCGGCACUGGCCUCUCUGAUAGCUUUGACGCCACUGCCUUUGCACUCGGGCAGUGAACACAGAUUCAGUUAAUUAACUAGAAACGAUGCCGGUUGCAUAAUCCUUCUAUCUAUGUUGAUGGUGCUACUUAUGUUUGAUGCAAUAUCUGUCUGUCUUUCUUUUGUGUUGGAACUAUACAUGUACAAGUAUGUUUACUACUACCAAUAUGGAGUUUGUAUCUUGCAGAUUUUUCCUCUCUGUCUUUUUUUUGGGAUUAAUUAGAUCUAUGCCAUUGCAAUUGUUA